UCUGCUAUGCGGACGGGAGUGACAGACGCAGACUGAAUAUUCGGGUGUGCCUGAAAUCUGCGCUGUUCGCUCGAGCGCGCCUCAUUGACAUCCACACGCGCGGAAUGAAUGUUCUCAUCCCCGCUUUUUUGCACUGAGUCGACAUCACUUUGGUCAGGUGCAGUGUGUUUUCUUGCUCCGAGAUGUGCGCGCAGGAUUAAAUCGGAUGGAGCAGUGGUGCGCCGUUAAGCCAGAAGCCGAGAGGAGAGCGAUAUUUGCGUGUUGCAACUGUCUGUGCGUGUAAAUCUGAGAAGAAUGGACACGCAAAAUAUGAUGCAGUGCAAGUGUCGUCAUCCCAACAUCCGUUAUUUCUGUUAAACGCAACAGCACGGCGAGAUUGAUCACGGAAAAUCCGUCUUUUCCCAUAGUAGCCUCGUGGAAACGACCAUUUGGACUGUACAAGGUAGAUUGUUGCUUAUAUAAAUGUACCUUUUAGUAUAUAAAUGUCUCAUUCGCACACCAUCCAAGUAUUAAUUUAUUCGGGUCGUCAUUAAGUAUUCAUACUGACAUUUGCGUUGGGAAUAUUAUCUGUGAUGCGCUGGAAUGCGUCGUCGUCAUAUGAGCUGUGUUUUCCUAUGAGUUUAGUCAUUAUUUUUUUGCUGUCCCGAGUGUGAUUAUUCACCUUAAUGAGAUUGCUUGGCUGAAUGAUGCGGAUGCACAGACACUGAAUGAGAGGAGAGCUGGAAGAGAACAUCAUUGGAGUCACGGACAGACAGCCACAUCCACGCUGAACGAAUCACUGUGACAUCUGGCACCAAAACUGCUUAGUCUGUCGAGACAUCUGUGAGCUGUUCUGUCUAUACUUGAGUUUAGCUGGUACCCUAGAAUACAUCCAAAAAGAACCGAGUCCGGACUGAAAAUACAGAGGACCAAAAGUCCAAACUAACUGCUGAAAGGACAGAGUCUAGACUGAAACUACAGAUGACCUGAACCUGGACUGAAUCCAGAUAGGAUCGGAAUCCAAGCUGCCUCCGAAAAGGACCAGAUCGGGAGUAAAUGCAGAUAGGAUCUGAAACCACAAUACAUCCAUAAAGGAGCUAAAUCUGUACUGAAUCCACAUUCUGGAUACAUUUUGCAUCCACACUGAAUCCAUAAAGGAUCUAAAUCUGGACCACAUCUGAAACCAGACUUGAGUGCAGUUCAAACUGAAUCCUGAUUAAUCAAGAUUUAAUUCAGAGCAAAAUCCAGCUUCAAUCCAGACAGAAUCCAUAAAGGAUUUGAGUACACUUUGAAUCCACAUUGGAUCUAAAUGAAAGCUGACAUUACAUCUAGAGUUAUUCUAGAGCAAGAUUUAAUACAGGGUCUGAAUCCAAGGAAGACCUAAAUCUGAAUUCAGAAAGAAACAAUCUAGAUUAAUUCCAGAUCAGGCUUGGCUCCAGAUUUAACUUAGAAAGGAACCUAAUCCAGACUGAAUCCAUAAAGGACCUACAUCUGGACUAAAUCCAAAUCGGAUCUGAGUGAGGUCUGAAUCCACAAAUUGAAUCCUAUUUCUAGAUUAAAUUUACAUAAUCCAGUCUCAAUCCAGGUAGGAUCUCUAUUAUCCAGAUUAAGGAACUGCGAACUGAAUCCAGUAUAAAUACAGGGUAAAGAGGACCUGAGUCCUAAACUUGAAUCCAUAAAGUUCUGAAUCCAUCUAUGAUCCCUGGCACACCUGCAACAAUGCUCCCAGCCACAGAGGCCGCCAAGAUCUACCAGACCAACUACGUCAGGAACUCUCGUGCCAUUGGGGUCCUGUGGGCCAUCUUUACCACCCUCUUCGCCAUUGUCAACGUGGUAUGUUUCGUUCAGCCCUACUGGAUCGGGGACGGCAUGGACACACCACAAGCUGGCUACUUCGGCCUCUUCCACUACUGCAUAGGGAGCGGGAUGUCCCGAGACCUGACGUGCCAGGGGAGCUUCACUGAGUUUAGCUCCAUCCCAUCCAGCGCCUUCAAAGCGGCAUCUUUCUUCAUUGGGAUGUCCAUGGUGCUGGUCCUCUCGUGCAUUGGCUGCUUCGCCCUCUUCUUCUUCUGCAGCACAGCCACUGUGUAUAAGAUCUGCGGGUGGAUGCAGCUGGCAGCAGGUACGUGUCUGGUGUUGGGCUGUAUGAUAUAUCCUGAUGGCUGGGAUGCUGAUGAGGUGAAGAGGAUGUGCGGAGAAGGGACGGACAAAUACACUAUCGGAGCAUGCUCAGUGCGCUGGGCGUACAUCCUGGCCAUUAUGGGCAUCCUGGACGCCCUCAUCCUAUCUUUCCUGGCCUUCGUGCUGGGCAACAGACAGGAUGGACUCAUGUCCGAGGAGCUGCUGGGAGACAAAAGUGGAAACGCAUAGAUGCCAGAUACACUCAGGUGUUUCUGUCUUGUUUAAGGAAAAUCAUUAUGUGAAAUCACAAUCCAGCUUUACCCAUCAUCCUGAGGGCAGGAAGCCUGACUGCAACAGUUUGGGGGGAAAAAAAACAUUUCAGCAAAGGAUGCGAACAGGGUGAAUGGAGUUUGGAACGCACUGCUUUUCUCUUUAUAUCCCCACUUUUCACUUCACUAUCUGGAAUUGCUUCUCAACAAAUCCCUACCCUAGUUUAUUUACCGUGUUCUGUGCUACUAACAUGAUAGGGCAGCUAAUGCACCGUUUAGAAGCAACUUUGACUGAAUGUUAUUUCAUUUUAUGUUCUGUCCUCUUCUUCGGGCCUGCAUUAUAAUAAUGUUAAUAUUUUGGGAUUUAGAAUUACUGUAUAACACUGUUCUAUUUGACUGGAUUCUCCAAAUAUACUAACAUAGAAGGAAACGCUGAAAGCUUUGAAUCCUGGGAUGUACAAACUGCGACAUAGAGACAUUUCAGGCCUGUAGAAACAAAACAAAAAACGGCAAAGAGAGACACUCAAUCCACUGAGAGCCAAUUAAGAUGUAAGUGAUCAUUUAUCGGGUUUCAAAUGUACACUUAUUUCACCACGACACAA